AAUGGAGAGAAGGGGCGGGGCGGCGCCGGGCCCCACCGCCCGCCCGCGGGGAGAGCAGCAGCCGUGCGGGCACCGAGCGCACCCUGGCCCCGCCGCAGCCCGAGCCCCGGGCGGCCGCGGCUGCUAUGCGGCUUCGCGGCGCACGGCCUCCACCGGGUUUGCGCCAACACCUGCCGGAAGCUGAGCCGGCCAAGGAGUAGGGACGCCUGGCCCCGAGCAGGGGGACGCCGCGUUGACCCUGAGGCUGCCGCCCCCCGAAGGUGCCUGGACGGCGAGGGAGGGGGCGAUGCACCCGGCUGCCGCUGCUGCCUGUUGAACCUGUGGAGGUUUCGGCGCCUGCCUGGGCGCGCUCACCAACGGCAGCAGCACCCUGAUCCUGACGAGCGGCCCCGUGCCCACACCUCCCACCGGAGCCCUCAAGCGAAGGAGACGUCUGGGCAAGACUGAGGAGGGUUGGGGGACACAUUCUUCUGCCCUGACCCAGCGGCGGUUCCUGCCCUGACAGCCCAACGGCGCUGCGGACCCUCCACUUCCCUCACCCCCCCAGGCCCCGGCAGCCCCCUCGCAGGGCUGCUCCCCCCAGUGCUCCCCAGCCUUGGCCUCCAGCCCCGCUGGAGCGCGGCAGCCUGCCGGGCGCUGCCCCCCGUGCCUCCCGGGCAUUGCCCCCCGGGUGCAUCGCCCCCCGCCCCCCCGGGGACCCGCCGCCUGCCAGCAGAGCCAUGAAGCUGCAGGCGGUGAUGGAGAACCUGCAGCGGCAGCAGCGUGCGCGGCUGCAGCAGGCACUGGAGGCACGGCAGCAGGAGCAGCAGCAGCGCUCCACACCAUCCCCCGCGCAGCCCCCGCCGGCCCCGGGGCAGACCCCUGCCAGCACCCCGGCACGGGGCCGCAGUCAGGAUCCGGCCCCAGCACCCUUGGAGGAAGGAGCGGAGCCUGAGAGCGCGCACAUCCAGCGGGCGCAGAUAGCUGCCCUGGCCGCCAUGCGGGCAGCAGCCGCUGGCCUCAGUCACUCGUCCAGCCCGGGGCUGUCGGAUGAGAGCCAGGCCUCCGAGGAGGAAGAGGAGGAGGAGCGCGGCGAGGAGGAGGAGGAGGAUGGCGGGUACCAGCAGGAGAUGGGCUCUGAGGAGGAGGAGGAGGAGGAUCUGAAGGGCAAGUGGGAUGAAGAUGACUUUGAAGAGGACCUGGGUGAAGAGGAGGAGGAAGAGGAAGAAGAGGAGGAGGAAGAAGAGGAAGACUAUGAGGAGGAAGAAGACAUGGGAGAGGAAGGGCUCAGCUCAGCAGAGGCGGUGCGGGCGGGUGCGGGAUCGCUGCUGCUCCGCAAGCCCCCGGCGCCCCAGCACUACCGGGGCGAGCCGCAGCGGCUGCCGGGUGGGCAGGAGCGGCUCCCCUCCGGACUGGGCCACGCGCAGCCCCCACCGCCCGCACCCGACCACGGCGACUGGACCUACGAGGAGCAGUUCAAACAACUGUACGAGCUGGAUGGCGACCCCAGGAGGAAGGAGUUCCUGGAUGACCUCUUCAGCUUCAUGCAGAAGCGAGGGACCCCCGUCAACCGGAUCCCCAUCAUGGCCAAGCAGGUGCUGGACCUGUACAUGCUGUACACGCUGGUGACGGAGAAGGGCGGCCUGGUGGAGGUGAUCAACAAGAAGCUGUGGCGGGAGAUCACCAAGGGGCUGAACCUGCCCACCUCCAUCACCAGCGCUGCCUUCACCCUGCGCACCCAGUACAUGAAGUACCUGUACCCCUAUGAAUGUGAGAAGCGAGGGCUGAGCAACCCCAACGAGCUGCAGGCGGCCAUUGACAGCAACCGGCGGGAGGGCCGUCGGCAGGGCUUCGGCAGCUCCCUCUUCACCUACUCACCCGGCGGCACCCAUGGCCUCCUCUCCUCCCCCAAGCUGCCUGUGCCUGCGCUGGGGCUGGCCUCCGCCACCAAUGGCGGGUCCAUCGCUCCCGUCCAGAAGAUCAAGAAAGAGGAGGAGUCCCCCAUCCCCAUCUCCAUGCCCAGCCGGCUCCCCGUCUCACUGGCCGGCCACCCCGUGGUGGCGGCCCAGGCGGCCGCGGUGCAGGUGGCGGCGGCCGCACAAGCCGUGGCGCUGGAGCAGCUGCGGGAGAAGCUGGAGUCGGGGGAGCCCCCGGAGAAGAAGAUGGCACUGGUGACGGACGAGCAGCAGCGGCUGAUGCAGCGGGCGCUACAGCAGAACCUGCUGGCCAUGACGGCCCAGCUGCCCAUGAGCAUCCGCAUCAACAGCCAGGGCACCCGCUCGCCAGAGAACCGCCAGGACUCCGCCGCCGGCCUGAGCAGCAACGGCACCAACAGCAUCAGCAUGUCGGUUGAGAUCAACGGUAUUGUCUACACAGGUGUGCUGUUCGCCCAGACGCCCGGCCCUUCCUCCUCCUCUUCCUCCUCCUCCUCCUCACUCCCCUCCUCUGCCUACACCAAAGGCAACGGCGGCAGCGGCGGCAGCCGGAGCAGCGGCGGCGGCGGCGUGGGGAGCGGCGGCGGUGGCAGCGUCCCCCCUGCGGCCCCGGCCAGCCUGGCCGUGCCCCCCAGCUCUACCUCCAACAAUGCGUCGCCUUAACGCCCCCGGCCCCCCGGCCCCUUCCCCUCGCCCGUGCCGGCAGCCCCUCGCCUGGCAGCGGCCCGGGGGGGGGGGGGCCAAGGCCUCACCGGGGUCCGGCUGGGCUCUGCCCUUGUUCUCGUGUUGUUGGGAUUUUCCUUUGCGAGGCAGAAAAGCUUUAGCCCGGGGGUUUUGCCGGAGCCGCCGGCUGUCCCGCUGCGCCGCGCCGGUCCGGGACCGUUUACCUCACUCACAUCACACUUUGCACUGUACAUUUAUUAUUAUUAUUAUUAUUAUUUUUUAACUCGUGUUACCUCCAGACAGACGCACGGACGCCUGCCGACGCGAGCUUUAGUGAAACCCCCCGGCACUCUCUAAAGGAAAAAAAAAAGAGAUAAAAAAAAAAAAAAUUGGAAAUCGGGAGAUAUUUUAUUCAUUUAGAUCCUUUUCCCUCCCCCCCCUUUAUUUUGAGAACUACACUCACUAUAUGGGAUUUUAAGAGGUUGUUGUUUGAUUGUUUUGUUGUAAAUAGCUUCUAUUUUAUUCUCUAAAAAGAAAAGAGAAAAGAAUCGAACUUUUAACAUGCAAAUGAUAUAUAUUAGUGUUCAUCAGGGAAACGGGAGCUUGGAAACCGUGUAACCUCCUUUCUCCUCUGAUCGCUGUCGGUGGCCGGGUCCAGCUCUGCUCCUUCCCCUGGGAACCCCCCCCAGGCGCCCCAGACCCCCCCCCCCCAUUCCCCCGGCACAGGCAGCCUCCCCCCCCCCUUCCCAUAAUACUACUGUGCAAAGCCAAUUUGGGCGUAUUUUCCUCCAAAAAUAAGCAGCUUGGUGAGAGCGGGAGCCGGGUGGUGUAUGGGGUGGGGUGGGGGGGAUCGAUUCUAGAGGGGAACGGCAUAAAAUAUCCAAUUUAGCAACAGGACGAGGAUGCUCGGGGCGGGGGGGGGGGCGGGCUGUGGGAUGCUCCGGAGGUCCCGAAGGACACGGAUCAUCCCGCAGCCCCGAAGAUUUAUUUUAAGCAGUGUUCUCUCUCCAGCCGGCCAGGUUUCGUAAUUUUUUUUUUUUUUUGCAUUUUUUAGACUUUAUUUUUGCGCCCCCCCCCCCCCCGAAACGUUCUCCCACAUCUGCGUGAGACACAAUCGCGACCUGAUACCGAAACACGCCCCCACCCCCCAAACUCGGUAUCUCAAUUCCUCAGGUUUCGACCUCGAGCACAGGGGGUAUUUUUUUUCCCCCCCCUUCCCCGGGUGCCUGGUGGGGGUCCCGUGCUGGUGGGACACCUCCCCCCCCCCCCUUUUUUUUUUUUCCUGCUUGGGGAAGCAACGAUCUCAGGGGAUUUGGGGUUUUUCCAGCCUUUUAAUUUUUUUUUUUUCAGCCUUUUUUCCCCCCUUCUCCAGAGCUGGAAAUGCCCCUUCGUGGCUCCGUGGACCCCCCUGGCCCUUGGGGGGGGGGGGUCUGGGGGGGCUCCGUCCGGCUCCUGCUGCUCUUAGGAUCCAGCCCAGCUCCCCACAAGGAGAAAUCUGGGGCGGGGGGGGGGGGGGCAUUUCUCGUGCCCAGGGUGGGCGUUAGAUUUUCUUAGUGAGUUUUUGCAUUUGUACAGUCACUGUUUUGGGUUGGUUGGUUUUUUUUUUUUUUAAUUAUUUUUAUUCCCCCCCUUCCUCUUCCCUCCCCCUCUUUUUUUUUUUUUGAGAGCGUAUUACCUUCCACUUUAUUUUUCUUUUUGCAUAUCGAUUUAAAAAAAAAAAAAAAGCCUAAAUCAGUUUCUCUGGGGUUUGGAAAGAAAAAAGGAACGGACACAGCUGCAGACGCAUUUACCCAGCGUGCAUAUCUUAACUCAGGUAAAAAAUGAAAAAGAAAAAAAACCACAAAAGACAAAAAAAAGAAAAAGAAUAAAAACCACAUUCUACCUCUGAGAGCGGUGGCCUCGGGCGCACCCGAGCCCCCGGUGAAAUAUUUCAGUUUUACAAACAUUCAGGUAUUGAAACUUUUGAUUAUUAAAAAAAAAAAAAAAAAAGAUAAAAUAAAAA